CGAAGUGGACCCAGCUAAGAAACUUCCCCUCACCUUAACAAAAGAUCCAAACGCACGGCCCAUUUCACAUAUUCCUCUUCCCUCUCUCUCUCUCUCUCUCUCUCUGUCUCGUCCCUUCCGCCGAAUCUCCAUCUUGUCUUUCCAGUAACCCUAGACGAUGACAACGACGCACGCGAAGGCUGAGUGAGUCCCCGACGAAAGAUGCUAGCAACAACAACCAUUCAACGCAAGCGCACGUUAAAUGUAUCCACCCCUUUUAAGAUUCAAUCGCCAUGUCUAGACUUUUGAUGUUUCGAAAUAUAAGAAUCGCUUCACAUUCCAUCCUCAGAAACCAGCGCAGCAGCUAUCCAGAAGUAAGAAAGUAUGCAGGCCUUGCUACGGUUUGGCUGCAUCUGCCCCAAUACAGUUUAUGCCUCUAUAAUAGGUUUUCAAGGAGGCAAAAUGCUUUGUUAUCAAUGUACAAGACCAAGAAGAGUUUUGGCCGUUAUCUUUCCAGGAAUUUCUCUGCUAUCUCAGCAAGCAGUGUAGUGACAAAUCAUGCCCAAGUUGCUUGGAAAAGGCUCUAUCAAAAAUAUUCCCCCAAUGGUCGUUCUUUUUCCCCCAUAAAUAGGAUUGCUCAGGCAGUGAGCUUGUCCUUGACACGCUCUCACUUGCUAGUUCCCGGUAUUUUUGCAUUCACCUGUGGACCAUGGGCACAAAGAACGCUGGCAGACUCGGAACAUUACCCAUCACCGAACACUUUGUAUAUGCGUGCACAAGAUGGGCAUGCAUAUAUGACCUCAUUAUUGUUCUCAGUGGUAGAAGGUGUAGUCUUGUUGGUGAGGGCUCUCUAUUUAGCAAUUCUGUUUUCGCCCAGCAUCAUGAUGGCACCAUUUGUGGAUUAUUUUGGACCUCAAUUUAGGAAAAUGUGGCUUCAGGUUGUUCAUCGGACACUUGAAAAAGCGGGUCCUGCAUUUAUAAAAUGGGGUCAAUGGGCAGCCACACGACCAGAUCUUUUCCCUAGAGAUUUAUGCACCAAGCUUUCAGAGCUUCACAGCAAAGCUCCUGAGCAUAGCUUUGCCUACACAAGGAAAACUAUUGAAAGAGCAUUUGGUCGCGAGCUUUCUGAAAUUUUUGAGAAUUUUGAAGAGUCCCCUGUAGCAUCUGGAAGUAUUGCUCAGGUGCAUCGAGCUUCUUUGAGAUUUCGAUACCCUGGUCAACGGGAUAAGCCCAUGGUGGUUGCGGUAAAGGUUAGACAUCCUGGUGUUGGUGAGUCAAUCAGGAGGGAUUUCAUGAUAAUAAAUUUUGUAGCAAAAAUAUCAAACUUCAUCCCUACACUGAAGUGGUUGAGAUUGGAUGAAAGUGUACAGCAGUUUGCAGUUUUCAUGAUGUCUCAAGUUGACCUUGCGAGGGAAGCUGCUCAUUUGAGCCGCUUUAUUUAUAAUUUCCGUCGGUGGAAGAAUGUUUCAUUCCCUAAGCCAGUGUAUCCACUUGUGCAUCCUGCUGUCCUGGUUGAAAGUUAUGAACAAGGGGAAAGUGUCUCACACUAUGUUGAUGACCUUGAAGGACAUGACCGGAUUAAAUCUGCGCUUGCUCAUAUUGGGACUCACGCACUUUUGAAAAUGCUUUUGGUGGACAACUUUAUUCAUGCGGACAUGCAUCCUGGAAAUAUCCUUGUCCGGGUGACUCAGAGCAAGUCUCCUCGAAAACGGCUUUUCAAAUCAAAGCCUCAUGUCAUUUUCCUUGAUGUAGGGAUGACUGCUGAACUUUCAGGAAGCGAUCGAAUAAACUUACUUGAGUUUUUUAAGGCUGUUGCCCGUCGAGAUGGCCGCACUGCAGCAGAGUCCACACUUAGAUUAUCAAAGCAACAAAACUGCCCGAAUCCAAAGGCUUUUGUUGAGGAAGUGGAAGAGUCAUUCACUUUCUGGGGUACUCCUGAAGGUGAUCUAAUCCAUCCUGCUGAGUGCAUGCAGCAAUUGCUAGAGAAAGUUAGGCGUCAUAGAGUCAACGUUGAUGGAAAUGUCUGCACUGUAUUGGUAACAACAUUGGUUCUCGAGGGUUGGCAGCAGAAGCUUGAUCCUUCAUAUGAUGUGAUGCAGACAUUGCAGACACUUCUGCUUAGAGCUGAUUGGGCAAAGUCUCUUUCCUACACAAUUGAAGGGCUAAUGGCUCCAUAAGGUUCUUAUAUGUCGUCAAUGCACCGACGAAACAAUUUUGGCCAUUCCAAAACCUUAUAUACCAGUCCUAAGAAAUUACAUGGAUGUCUAGGUCCUUUUCUUUUUUACCCUUUUUUUCAUCACUGUUCUUUUACAAAAAAUUUUGCCGUCUUCAAUUCAAUUUGUGAAGGUCUUAUCCUUCUGUAUUUACCUUUUUUAACAAUCACUACUGUUAACUGUGAGCCUCACAAUUGAGAAGCAAAAACGCUAAAAAGAGAGUAAUAUAGACGAAUAAAAUGGUGAUGGGCAAUUCUUUCAUGUUCAGUCUACAUUUUGUACAUAGGCCGUUUUCUUAUGGUAAGAACAUUAAUGUGUAUCGAAUAAUUUCAGUGGAAUAUGCAUAUUGCAUUCUAAUGGACUUGGCUUUUAGAUUA